UUCUUUUUUUUCAGGAUGGCGAGAACUUUGCGGGGAGCGGGAGAGGAUUUUUUAGAAUUUGUGAUGAAAAGUGUGCACAUUAAAUCUUUCACAACCCAGCAUAAUUUUGGGCGGAUCUUUAAUAGUCUUUCAUUCAAACAGUUUCCUGUGCUAUGGAAAAUAAAAAGGCAGGAGCACGGAGGUUUUUAUCUACCUCCAUGCCAGGACAGGAGGCAGACCUCGGGGCUGGAAGUUGUGCACCGCACCCACUGAUUUGCGAAUUUUCUUUUUUUGUUUGCCAUCUCUGUUGUUUACGUUGACGUUACACUUUUUUUUUCUUCCGGCGAUCUCUUCUUUAAAAGAAGUCACGUCACUUCAAUACCUCUAACAAAAUGUAUCGCUCAAAAUAUCCAGAUGAUCCAGGUAUGCAUAAUGUAGGUGGAUUGCCAGGGGUUAGUGCCUCCAGACUACCAUCUACCUAUAGUAAGAGAGGAGACUCCACGUUUGUCGAACGUGUAAGCAACAGCUUCACGGGGUCCUUGCUAGGGCUCGGUCUAGUAGCUAUUGGACUUUUCAGCAUCACAGUCAAUGAGAGCUUUGCUGCAUAUGUCUCAUGGCAGCUGGAUGAUGGCUUGCGUAACAUUAUCCCUUUGGAAUCCAGUGAGGUGAUAUUUACAGAAAAUAACAAUAAGCUUAUACAUGUUACAGGAAAGCUACGAACAACUGAGCCCCUGGUUGAUUCUCAGUUUGGUAUAUCAGUAAGAGCGGUGAAGCUACGUCGUCAUGUCCAGAUGUAUCAGUGGGUUGAACAUAGGAAGCAAUUAGCAGGAGAUGAUAUCCAAUAUACAUACACUAAAGAAUGGAGGUCAGAACUCAUUGACAGUGAAACUUUUGAAAACUCUGACAGGCACACCAAUAAAAAAGAAAUGUCUGUCCAAGGCACUACUUUUGUUGCAAUCAGAGCUUAUAUUGGAAACUUCCAGUUGAAGGAGCCGUUGAAGGAAAAGAUUGAAAGCUUUGACCCUUAUAUCGCCAACCAGCAACCACCCAAUCCAAGCAUCAAACUACACAAUGGAUUUUAUUACUUCUCACUUCCAAACAGACCUAUGAUAGGAGAUGUGAGAGUGACAUUCAGCUAUGCUGGUGUGAGUGGUCCAGAGAACAGCAUUAUAGGGCCACCUGCUACUGUGAGCAUAAUUGCAAAGCAAGCAGGAGGAAUUCUGACUAAUUAUGUAGAUAACAGUGGUACAGCAAGAGAGAUGGUUCAGAUGGGAAAAUGGUCUGCAGAGGAAAUGCUGAUUCACCAUUUGAAUUUCCAGACGUCAUUGACAUGGUGUUUAAGAAUUGGAGGAUGGUUAAUGGUAUUCUUAGGAUUUUUUUUCAUGAAACUCAUCAUAUUCUAUGUCAUGGAUCUGGUACCAGCCUUGCAGAAGAUAGCAUCAUUUGGUCUGAUCAACUUCAAUCUAUGCUCCUCAUUUUCACUAGCAUUAGGUUUUGCAGCCUUAUGUUAUAUAAUGACCAGACCCUUUCAAGCUCUUCUUAUGAUGACUAUAGCAUUACUUCCAGCAAUCAUAGCUUUUCUACGUCAUAAAAAAUCACAAAAGGAAAGUUUGAGGUUAUGAGUACAUACCAUCAAUUAAAAUUAUAUUUUUUCCAGAUUAAUUUGUAUUCAUAAAUGUAAUAAAAUAUUUAUUUUAGUAUGUUUUAGGAUUGAGAUUGAUUGUAACAUCUUUUAUUUGUAGGUGGUGAAGAGAUGUUGAAAAAUUCAAACAAACUAACAAGUUAACAACCUUUAAAAGAUAAGAAUUAUCAUAAACAAACUUGUACAAAUUGACUAUGAUAUAAUAUUUGAUUCAGAGUAAAGAAUUUUCUACUUUAUACUCUUUUUUUUAAAUUGUAUUUUAAGGUAUUGCAAUUAAAAAAAAGAGCUUUAAGAUUCUACUUUAAUUGAAAUUAACAGAUGUAAUGUUCUUUUUAAACUAUCUUCAAUCAAAUAUGUUGUUUGCAUAUGGCUAUUUUCACUUUCUAUGGAUAUCAUUCUUACAAUCAUGCUAGUUUGAUUGAAUUUAUAUUCUUUUACAAUAGUAGAGCAAGGUUGCAACAUGUCCUUUGAAAUAUCUCUAUCAAUUCAGAAUCUAUCAUGGUGCAAUGUAAGAAGAACUUUAGGGCCCUCUAUAGUCUGAGAUGAGCAAGUAAGUUUAGUCUUAUUCCUCAGACUUCUUGAUAAGGAUCAUGUGGCAUGUCCGCAAGCUUCUGCAUGCAUUCAUGUAAGAUCGUACCAUUAUACAGUGCCUAUUCAAUAGAUGAUGUAAGCAAGGAAUGUAUAAAAUACAAAUGAAAUGAGCCAUCUAUUGCUGAACUGACUGUCGUGUGGUCAAGUUUUUUUUGCCUUCAGUAUGUAGUGAGAAAAUAUAUGUUACAGCACGGUUGCAUUUGCUCUAUGGCGGCUGUACGGCAAGUCGAAAAUAGCCGUUUCAUUAUUUUUUAUUUAAAUCAACUAUAUGU